AUGGCAGACGCAACAGCAGCAAGAGCUUCUAGGAAGAAGAAGGGAGGAGAUCCAGAGAGGCGUAAGCAGUGUAGCAUCCAUGCACUGAUGAAGCGAGUUACUUUGACGAACAAUCCAACGGAUUCGUCUACGGAGCCAUCACAAUCAACAGGGGCACCAAACGGAGAAGCUGCUACAGCAACCCAUGCUAGCACUGUAGGGAACGAAACAGCCGGCAUCGAACACCGUCCUCAAGCAGAUACAACUUGUUCUUCAGAUGCCAAGGCCUCUGUAGGAGUAGCGGAAGGCGGAGGAGCAACAACAGCAGGGAGGGGGACAGGUGAAACAGGAAAUUGUGUUGCUGGGAAGCCAAAGGAAAGCCCAGAUGAGGUGUCGCUCUUCAUGUUUGACUUUGGCGAGUGUGACUCUCAGCGCUGCAGCGGCAGGCGGCUUCUUCGACACCACAAGAUGAACAAGAUAACUUCGUCAGGUCAAGUAGAAUAUGCACAGGCGCCAGGAGGGCGCCGCCGCACCGGCAGCAGCAGCCGAAGCAGCAGCGCCAGCAGCAAUUGCAGCAGCGCUAGCAAAAAAGAAGAAGGUGAAUCCGAUACAGAAACGGGGAGUGAAGCGUAUCAAGAAUAUCCGGCUGCCUUGACAACAGUGACGGGAACAGAAACAGCAGUACCAGGGUCGCGAAGGAACAAAAGCAGUCUCGUGCGCGUGCGCGUAAAGGGAGGUCAUUUUCGGGGUAUUUUGUUAUCCCCUUACUUCACGGAUAAGACCCAGGUUUUCAGCGCAGCAGACGGGCCCCUCAUACGGCAACACGGCCUCGCCGUAGUGGACUGCAGCUGGAACCGGGUGCUCGAGGGGAGGCGGUCUCACCGGCUUGAGAUUAACAAGAAAAAUGAGCGGGUCCUCCCACUGCUUCUCUGCGGUAACCCGACCCACUAUGGUGCCCCCAACAUCUUAAACUGCGCGGAGGCUCUCGCGGGUGCCCUCUAUAUUGCAGGGUACCGGCGCCAUGCGGAGUUGGUCCUGAGCAGCUUCACUUGGGGCCCUCAUUUCCUCGACCUUAAUAGACGAUUUUUGGAUCGCUAUGCCACUGUCCCCUCCGGUGCUGAAAUGAAAGCCCUGAAGUUGCAGCAGGAAGCAGAGUUGCUUAAAGAGAAAACAAGCAGAGAAGAGAAGAAAGCAAGCGCCACCCGAGGGUACGCAUCAGUCUAUGCAGAAAUCGAGACUGUCGGUGCACCAAGACGAGAUCGAGAAGGCUCGCAGCAGGAGUAG